AUGAGCCGGACGUCCCCGUCAACGGGGCGGCAGGGCGGGGGCGGUGCGGGCGGCGCCCCGGCAAACAGCGCGGCGGUGGUGAAGCACAAGAUUGUCCUCCUGGGCGACCAGUCCGUGGGGAAGACGAGCCUCGUGACGCGGUUCAUGUACGACACCUUCGACCAGCAGUACCAGGCGACGAUCGGCAUUGACUUCUUCUCCAAGUCGAUCCCCGUCGAGAACCACACGGUGCGCCUGCACGUGUGGGACACGGCGGGGCAGGAGCGGUUCCGCUCGCUCAUUCCUAGCUACAUCCGCAACAGCUCCGGCACCCUCGUCGUGUACGACGUCACCUCCCGCGCCUCGUUCCUCAGCACCUUCAAGUGGGUCGACGAGGUGCGGGCGGAGCGGGGGGAGGAGGUUGUCAUCUUCCUCGUCGGCAACAAGACGGACGCCGCGGACAGGCGGGUGGUGAGCACGGAGGAGGCGCAGCGGAAGGCGGCGGAGUACAAUCUCGGCUUUAUGGAGGUCAGCGCCAAGCAGGGGACCAACGUCAAGGCGCUGUUUAGAAAAAUGGCGGAGGCCCUCCCGCUCUCGGACGACAACGAGAAUCGUGGCAGCAACGGGGCCGGCGGCGGCGGCGGCCAGCCGGUGGUGCUGGGGAAGCAGCGGGACCCGUUCCUCCUCACCCCCUCUCGGAUGCGGGAGGGAAGCCGGAACGGCGCCCACAACGGCAACGGCGGCGCGGAGAAUCGGCAGGGCGGCGGCUGCUGUUGA